ACACUACAAAAGCAAAAGGAGAUAUUAGUUCUGUCUUUUCCCAUCUCGGAGGCAAAGAAAACACUUUGGAUCUUUCUCUGUUGGCCCUCAAGAAACAGAUUUGUCCUCAAGACCCUAUUGUGAUCACGAAGGCCUAUCAGCGUCUUUUAGAAGCCAUAGAACAAGCCUCACAGGACAUCAAGGCUAAAGGAUCGAUGGCUGUGCCUCAAAUCAGUCUGAAAACAAUUGAAGCGAAUGGGGGUCGAUUUCCAGAUACGAUGGCUGCCGAAAUUCGUCGCCAUGGUUGUGUGGUCAUUCGUGAUGUGAUUCCUGAACAAGAAGCAAGAGACUAUAAGCAUCAAAUUCAAGCGUAUUUAAACAACCAUCCAAAUCAAGUGGAAGGUUUUCCUAAGCAUGAUCCUCAGGUCUGGGAAUUGUAUUGGAGUAAGUCACAAGUAGCUGCAAGAAGCCAUGCUGGCUUUGAAAAGGCUACAUUGGCAUUGAACACACUCUGGCAUGCGAGUGAACACACGGCCAUUGAUCUGACCAAGAAUUUGGGUUAUUGUGAUCGUCUUCGUAUUCGUAAGCCUGGAGAUAGCUUAUUUGCUUUACAAGAGCAUGUGGAUAGUGGAUCUCUGGAACGCUGGCAAGAUCCUGAAUAUCGUCAAUGCUAUACAGAUAUAUUUCAUGGUGAAUGGGAGAAAUAUGAUCCUUUUGAUGCUACUCAUCGCGUAGAAGCUCGUAUGGAUUAUUAUAAUUCCCCUGGAGGUUGUUCUGCUUUCAGAAACUUUCAAGGCUGGGUUGCUAUUUCUGAUAUCAAGACUGGUUCUGGUACGCUUCGCGUAUGUCCUCUUUUAAAAGAAGCCACUGCUUUGUUCUUGAUGAAACCAUUGACAGAAGACUAUAUUGACAAGCUGGACUAUGUGGGUGCUUAUCCUGGCUUAGCUCAAGGUAUUGAUAAACAGGAUUAUCCUCAGAUUGUUGAUAAUAUGGUCUCUAUGCCUGAUGUGAAGCCUGGUGAUGCUGUCUUUUGGCAUUGUGAUUUAGUUCAUUCAGUUGAAUCUAAACAUGAAGGUCAAGUUGAUUCUUCUGUUCUGUAUAUUCCCUCUGUCCCUCUUUGUCGUAUUAAUUCUGAAUACUUGAAACAACAACGCGAUGCAUUCAUAAAGGGACUUACACCUCCUGAUUUUCCUGGAAAUCAUUUUGAACAGCAUUUUGAAGACAGAAUGAAGCCUGAAGAUUUAGAUGAACCAGCCAAAUUAAACAUGGGAUUCAUUGAGUUUCCAACAUUGCCAAGUGAUGCAACUGUGGGUCAAAAGAAGGCUUUGGAGCUACACCAUCAUAUCCUUGGUUUCUUAAAUAAAUAAGCUGUGUUGUUUAAAAGUAAUUGUUCUCCUGAACGAUCUUGCCAAGAGCAAUCAGUCAAAAAG